CACUAUUAAGAAAAAGAAGAAGAAAGUGUGCAAAGUACCGCUGGAAAAUUUUACAAAGUAAUGAAUUUAGGAUCUUAAUAAGGGCAAUAGUAUUUAAAUCUAGCCAUAAAAUGGACGUUCAGCCGCCUCGAGACGCCAGUUUACGCAAUAUUAUAGACAAGCUGGCGGAGUUUGUGGCCAGGAAUGGGCCGGAAUUCGAGGCCAUAACCAAGCAGAAGCAACAAAAUAACCCAAAGUUCGAGUUCCUUUAUGGCGGGGAGUUUGCCAGCUACUAUCAAUUUCGGGUGGCAGCAGAACAGACGCUGCUUAAGCAGCAGAGUAUUAACCAACAGCUGCCAUCGGGUGGUCAGCCCAGCCACUACAUGCAACAUCCACCGCCAAUGCAGCCAUCACAGCAGCCUGGCCUCUAUCCGCCACCUAAUCAGCAGUCACAACACCCUCCAGAAAAUCCACAGGAUAAUAUGCAACAGCAAUCGCAGCACCAGUGGCCUCCCAACUCUGGCAACGGGGGUCCGCCAAUUAAUCAGCAAGCGAAUGGCAGCGCCAUGACCAUGAAUCUAACCUCUCAACUAGACGUGAUCAAGAUGCAGCAGAAGACGUUGCGAGAACAGAUCAAGCAAUCCGAAGCGAAUCUCUCCGCACAACACACGGCCUUGAUGACCCAAAAGACGAAAAAGAUCGAGGAGACGAUUGCGGCGGCACAGACGGCGCAGCAGGAACAGAUGGCCAGUGAACAGGGCAUUGUGCUGAGGGACUUCGAUGGCGUCCUGCAGCCGAUCAUCGAGUCCUGCACCAAAGACAGCAUCUCUGCAGGCAAGAACUGGAUUUUACAGCAUUCAACCGACAGCGCAAAAAUCAAUGUCGUUUUACAAUAUCUUUUAAAGAAGGCUUUGGUCAAUGGUUCAACGUUUCAGCAAAAAUUGCAUCUUAUAUAUUUAGUUAAUGAUAUACUCCACCACUGCAUGCGCAAGAACAUCAAUGACUUGAAGAACAGCCUGGAGAACGUCGUCAUUCCGAUGUUCUGUAGCGCGGAUUUGAUUGCUAGCGACGACCAGCGGCAAAAGUUGGCUAAGCUUCUGUCGCUGUGGGAGUCCAAGGCCAAGUUCUUCGAUGCCUGCGUCAUCUCGAAACUACAGUCGCCGGACUCGUCUAUGCAGGAGUACAAAACCAAUAUGCAAAACACACAUCCUGAUAUAACUGCCAAGUUUACGCAGAACACAAAGGCAACUUUAGAUAACUACCAAAAACAGCAUCAGAUAUUUAUCCAGCAUGCCGGACAGCAAAUUGCCCAACUGGAGAAGCAGGGGCAGCAUUUGGAGCAGCAGAUAAUGGUAACCCAGAAGGCCCAGCAGCAACAUAUGCUCCAACAUCAAGGUUCUGGAGGGCCUCAACAGAAGAACAUACCAUCUCUGAUGUCCCAUCGGAUACCGAUGCCUGGAGACCUCGAGCACAUGAACAAUCAGGGUCCGCAAGGGCAGCACGAUCAGCAGCAUCCACAGGGAGGCAAUAAUAUGUAUCCAGGUGGCAACUUCCAUCAGCAGCAGCAGCAACCACCGCCGGGGAAUCCCUUUGCGGAUCGUGGGGCGAACUUUUUCAUUCCGGACAUGUCCAAACCACCGCCGGGUUUUCCAGGACCCAUGCUUCAGGGGCCUCCUCCUCCGAUGGGCCAUCAGCAGCAACCACCACAACAGGGGCAAUUCCCGCAAAUGCAGGGACAGGGAGCUGGAACCGAGCCACCUGUUGACUUGGGCGUGCUCAGUGCAGCAAUUCAAGCGUGCUUACAAAUGCAGCAGCAACACCAUCCUGAUGAUCCACAGCAGCCAGGACAGCACCAGGGACAGCACCAGCUUCAACAGCAGCAACAGCAACAACCUCCACCAAUGGCUGCCUACCCCCAGAACAUUGUCAGACCUAGCCAGCCAAGUGUUGAUGGGGAUGUGGACUUGGAUGUUCUGAAUGCGGCCAUUCGAGCGGUGAUAACUAAUAAACCCGAAGAUGGCCAAUUGGAGGACGGCCAACAGCCGCAGAAAUCGGGGGAAGAAGAAUCUGGAGAACCUGUUGUGAUCGGAGAGCCGCAAAUACCUACAGCGCCUUACUACGAUUUGCCUGCGGGGCUUAUGGUACCUCUUAUACGCCUGGAGGAUUACAAUUAUAAAGCCCUCGAUCCGGCGGAUAUACGACUGCCAGCUCCAGCACCACAGAGCGAGCGACUGACAAAUGCGUUGAACGCCUUCUACUCCGCACCCUCCCACGAUCGUCCCAGGGAUAAUGAGGGCUGGGAGAAACUUGGUCUCUAUGAGUACUAUAAGGUAAAGAAUGCAGCGCGAAAGCAAAAAGAAGAGGAAAUCAAGGACGGUAUUCGAGAAAAAUCCCGCUCGCCCAGUCCGAUUGUGCUUGAGAAACCUCCACCCAAAAAGAGCAACAAACGGGUCUAUCGAUCCAAGAGUCGUAGUCGCUCCCCAUCCAAAACCCCACCUCUCAGGGAAAGAUCAGCAUCUCGUUCCAGAUCCCGAUCGCGAUCCUUGGAGCGAUCCUCAACGCCUCCGUUAAACCGCAACCGUGUAGGCGGUAGUAGUUUAGGGGGUAGCAAUCGGAAGGGUCGCAAUCGAUCACCACGCAACGAUCGAGACAACAGCAGCAGCAUUAUUAAUAGCAAUCGUGAAAAUCGUGCGGAACGAGGCAAUAAUGGCAACAGCACCAACAUAAGACGGGUGGAGCGUGACAGAUCUCCAACCCCUCCGAGCUUUUUAGGAAGCACCUUUGCUAAGCCCGAUGAAUUCAUCGAGGAGUCAAACAAGGGCCACCAAAUGCUCAUGAAAAUGGGUUGGGCGGGCUCUGGCACUGGACUGGGCUCAAAGAAUCAAGGCAUAGACACUCCCAUUUCGGGAGGCGAAGUACGUGAUCGUCGUGAAAUGUACAAGGGAGUGGGUGCUAAUAUACAUGAUCCCUUCGAGAGCUUCCGUAAAAACAAGGGUGCUGCCUUCGCACAUCGCAUGCGUUCCCGAGACGACAAGAGUUAGGAUCUGCUACAGGCCACUAACUCCCACUUUUUUGUUUUCUUUAGUCGAGAAAAUAUACAUUUUUAUAAAAGCCAA